AUGUCAGAUUUUGUACUUGUUGAAUCGCCGACCAAUGAUGAGUUUCCCACCGACGAAAACACAGCGAAUGGGGCUACCUCCACCAAGGAUGAACAAACCGCUCCAACAUUGAAGCCAGACGGAAAGAACAAGAUUUCGAAGUCACGACUAGCCUUUCUAGACGCCCACCCUUUCGUCAGAUCAAGUGUCACAGAGAAGAUCUAUGUACGCUUCGCACCCCGCGCCUGGACCGACGACACAGAUCAAGCCCUUCUCAUCCUCCUCUCGUACCUCCAGCGCCCUUCCAAUCCCACCAACCUCCCCCAAGACUUCGCCCACCGCCUGCAUAUUUGGACCUCCCACGGCCUACUCGCUUUAAACCGCCCUCCAUGCGGCAUCGGCGCCCUCGUCAGCUCCAUUGUUAAGACUCCUACCUAUCUGGAAGACCCAGCAUCAGCAGCAACAGCAACAUGGUUGAAGAGUGGGAGGAACGUCGCCCCCAACGGCAGCCUCAUGCGUACGCAUCCCAUCGGAAUUAUCGGAGUGGUCAUGAGUGAGUUCGAAACCUUCGACCUUGCCGCCACCGUAAGCAAAACAACGCACGCCGAUCCGCGCUGCACAGUCUCCGUUCUUGUCGUUGUGGCACUGAUCCGCGGUCUCCUCCGCGGCGAAGUUCGUUGCGAAGAGCACAUCGACGGCGCCAUAGCCAGCGCAUACGGCUACGUCCUCUCUUCUCCCGCUCUCAUCUCGCCCUCCCCUGAUGAGCCGCACAUCUUUGAGCAGGCGGGUGGAAUACCACUGCACCUCUCGCGCUCCGAGCUCUCGCGACACGUUGUCGCCGCAUCCUUCGAUGAACUCGACUUGGAUGACAGAAGAGAAAUGGGAUACGUGUACAAGUGUCUCGGCUCCGCUAUUCUGUGCUUGAGGAAAUGUAUGCGCGCAACGGGCGCGUCUCUUUCCCCCUCAAAGACGGCUUCUCCUAUCCCAUCGCAAGCCCUCUUCGAGGACAUCAUGACAGAGCUUAUUAUGCAAGGUGGCGACGCUAACACCAACGGUGCAGUGGCAGGUGCGCUUAUGGGUGCGUACCUGGGGCAUGCGUACCUGCCGGCUCAUUGGGCAACUGGACUUGCGCAUAGGGAGUGGCUGGAUGAGAAGAUACUAAGGUUGUGUAAGGUAAUAGGUGUGCUUGAGGGGGAGGUGCGAGAGGAGGCGGAUGAGCAGCCUGAUUGUGGAAAGGGGUUGAUGAGUACGGCGGAGUUGGAAGCUCGAGAUCGCGCUAUGUUGCUUGGGAUUAUGGAGCGGAAGAGGAUUAGACAAGAGCAAGAGAGAAAAAAGGAUGGGCAGAGCAAGGGUUUCGCAGCUUGGUUUGGCAGUUAA